AGAGCCCUCUAGGUGCAUCGAUUGGACUUAAAUCGUCAAUAAGGGAGGGGGAGGAAGUGUCCCUGAAGUGUUGAAAAAUUACGUGUCAAAAAUCCAUUAGGAAUGGCUGACAACGAAUCAAAGGCUAAUGCCUUGAUGGCAGAAGCCGACAAGAAAUUGAAUUCAUCUAAAGGAUUCCUCGGAAACUUAUUUGGUGGUUCAUCUAAAGUGGAGGAUGCUGUCGACUGCUACCAACGAGCCGCCAAUUUAUUCAAAAUGGCCAAGAAUUGGAGCGCUGCAGGAAAUGCAUUCUGCAAAGCUGCAAACCUCCAUUUCAAAGCUGGGAGCCGUCAUGAUGCAGCAACAAACUAUGUGGAUGCAUCCAAUUGCUUCAGAAAGUCGGACCCCAACGAGGCUGCAAACUGUUUGAUGAAAGCAAUUGAAAUCUACACUGACAUGGGUCGCUUCACGAUGGCAGCAAGACACCACCAGUCGAUUGCUGAAAUCUAUGAAAUGGAGGCGAUCGACUUAGAAAAGGCUGUGAAGCACUAUGAGCAGGCUGCUGACUUCUUCCAAGGAGAAGAGAGCAGUUCCUCUGCCAACAAGUGCAUCCUGAAAGUGGCUCAAUAUGCCGCGCAACUUGAACACUAUGACAAGGCCAUUCAGAUUUAUGAGCAGGUUGCAUCUUCAUCUUUGAACAAGUCUCUCUUGAAGUAUGGUGUGAAAGAGUAUUUCUUCAAGGCAGCAUUGUGUCAUUUGUGUGUUGAUAUCCUUAAUGCUCAACAUGCUCUGGAGCGGUACAACCAACUGUACCCAGCCUUUCAGGAUUCCCGAGAAUAUAAAUUCAUCAAGACAUUGAUCGAGCACAUGGAAGAACAGAACGCUGAUGGCUUUACAGAUGCAGUAAGGGACUACGACUCAAUAUCACGACUAGACCAGUGGUUCACGUCAAUUCUGCUACGUAUUAAGAAACAGGUCAACGAUAACCCUGACCUUCGCUGAAAAGGUUUAAUUGCUCCUCUGAGGUAUGUGUGUGUGUCUCUCGCCUUUUUUGUUAAGUUUGGUCAAGUUCAGUUAUCUGAAAAAAAAUUGCAUGCUGCUUUUUACUGUAAGUCUAAUCCCAAUCAAAUUUUAGUUUCAUAAUUUUCCUUUCAAAUGGUUCCAAAUUAGAAGUAUGCAUUCAGAUCUCACCAAGAGCUAACUGUCUUGAUUUUGGGUGAGUGUACAUUCCACUCAUUUUCCUUUAGGUUUAGAUCAUUAUAUUACAAGCCUGAAUUACAAAUUUUAUACAUCUGUGGAAGUCUGGUUCUUGACAUGGGUAUGUAGGGCCGAGGCACUGAUUGGGUUUUGAGGCCUAUGUUACUGUUGUAUUUUUGUUUUUACUUUAUUUUUGUGUUAUGUGUGUAUAUUUUUUUGGUUGUCAUUUGAAUGCUGAAUCUCACCUAACUACUUAAUAUGAUAGGAAAGUAGUUUAGUGUGCAGGAUUCAUUACAGACACAUUCACUGGUUUAUUAUAUUUUGCCUUACAUCAUGUUACCAUUUAUAUCAUGUACAUGUAUAUUCUGGAUAAAGCCCUGUGUUUCAUAAAAUGAACCUCCAAUCAAAGGCAGGCUUCCAAUGCUGAUUUAUACUAUUGGACCAUUGUGUUUGAUUCUUUGAACAUUUGUUUUGUUGGGUCGUUCAAAAGGGAAUAAAUUGAAUCUUUAUAAAUUCUGUUUUGAUCAUCAUUGUAAUAUGGGAUGGCAUUGAACCCACCCAUAUUGCACAAGGCCCCCUUAAUUUUGUCUGACAAUGAGUUGUCCACAAUUUUCAUGUGGCAAUCUUCUUGUCAUUCUAAAUUAUUGCAACUCUCUUGUUGCUUGGGUAGAUUUAACUCUUGGGAUAAAUUAGUUGGUUUGAGUUUUUGCAUGAGAGACAAUUCACAUGUCAAUGACUCAAAUGUGGAUACUUAUCUCUUCAUUCUCUUAAUGUUGUUGUGUGGAGUGUAAAUGCUAUUUCAUUCUUUUAAUUGUUUAGUCCGGAUAUGAUUCCUGGAUGGAGCAAUGUGCACCACGCAUGCCCUAAUCUAACUCACAGGACCUUGGGCCAUAUCUAUUAGCAUACAAGUGCGUUUAAUCUGUCCAUGUGCAGCAUAGCUUUAGAGAAGGAAGCCACCCUAUUAUUUUGUGGGUAGGGUAAUUCAUGUUGACUCAUGUCUGUCGGCGUUCAUACAAGCCUUAAAUUUAGAUUCUUUAUCUUUGUAUCCUUGCUUAAUAUUCCACAACCUAAUUUGUUUCCUUAUGAAUGUUACAGUUUAUACAUACAACAUCUAAGUUUUUACAUUUUUUAUGGUAGCAGUAUAAUAAGCUGUUGAAUGUUAUAGUUGGACUGGACUAAGCUGCAUCCCAUGCGCUUGUCAGUCGUUCAGGAGUCAUCCAUGCUAUGAUAAUUUCUUUCCGUUUUGUGAUAUACUUUUUGUAAGUAAUAAGUGACGUAGAUGUGAUGAGUGCAUUGUUCCUCCUUCUCUAAAUAUUUCACUUGUAGUUGCUUAGUAUGCAGUUUCAUUAUGAGGAAGAAUUCGUCAUCAAUAAAUGUGAUGUGCUCAAAGAGUCAUGCACUCCUGUGCAACUUUCAUACUGCCUCACAUUUUUAUAGGGAUUUAUUGAGCCACCAUGUUCUGUAGGAUUUUUAACAUGUAAUGUGUAUUGAGUCAUGAUUGUAUGCAUAAAAUAAUUGCUAAAAUAAUUUUAGGGAGUGCUCUUAGGAGUGAUUUGAGUGUCUGAGACUUCCUAAUGAUCACUGGCUUUUAUUUAUUUAUUUUCUUUGUAUUCAUGAAAUUUUUGCUUUCGCCCCUUCUGGAAAGGGCGUGGAUUCAUCUUAAAGGAACUGGAGAUAAUGUGUACUUUAUGGUAUGUAAAUAAAUAUUACAUUGUUGAUUUUUUUUCCUAAUUUGUUUUUAUGUCUAUGUCACGGCUAAUUGGCCCAUAUCUGUAAAUGUAACCAAUGCUGCCUUAACCAUGUAAUAAGGUUAGGCCGUCUUUCUUGUUAUCAUAUUCAACACUAACAGGAUCAGUUAAAUUAGAAGAUGCACAAUCAAAGUGGUUAUCUUGUAUAGUCCCAGCAGGUAUUGAAAAAAUACACCUUUGGCCUGGCAA